UCAUCUAUGCCCACCAUCUGUCACCUGUCACUGUCACACCAAAGUUGUUAUUUUGAAAUUUGAAUUUUGAAAAAAAUUGAGACAAGCUUCUUCUUACAUCAAUUUUAACUGAAUUCUAUACCUUUAGGUAUAACAUUCCUUAUUUUUAUUAUAUUCCGAAAUGGACACAAUUAACAAUCCAGAAAUAAUAAGCCUAGGCACUAAAACAAACCAAGAUUGUAUACUCAUGGAUAUUAUUAAAGAAUUAUGUUCGGAUAAAAGUUCUCUUUCAAGUAAAAUUAUUAAAAAGGUUACAAGUAUUAUAGAAGACAAUGAAUUAUUACACUAUGGAAGUCUGCAUAAAUUAAGUACGGCUGAUGAGAGCUCAUCAACUGUUUUAGGAGUUUUGCAUCAAACAUCAUCUGAACUAACAUUUGAUGAACAGGCAGAACUGAACCAAGCAAUUAUUCACAAAAUACAAAGCAAAUUACCAACAUUUACUGCCGAGUUAGAACAUUUGAAGCAAAGUAGGGACAAGCAAGCAAGCAAUAAAAACCUAAUAAAAGAAAUCCGUGAGUGUAUAAAUGACAAAUUACGUCUAUUAGAAGAACAAGAAAAUGAGAAGACAGAUCUAAUGAUGGACUGGAUCAAUCAUAGAAUGCAAGAUGUGUUGAAGUUUAGUGAAAACUCUAAAAAGCUCGGUAUACAAUGGGCACCGCGAAACGUUCCGAUGACACGGCGUCUCCAGACCCUGGGUGCUGCCGGCUGGAUCUGCCUCGUUCUGUUCGGAGAAGCUCUCAGUAUACUGGUCUUCCUCAGCAUCUUAUAUUCCUCGAUGUGGUGGCUCGCGCUGGGCUACGCGGUCUGGAUGCUCAAAGACGUUGAAACACCCAACAAAGGUGGACGUAGAUUCGAAUGGGUCAGGAAUUGGUCCUGGUGGCGGAACUAUUGCGACUACUUCCCAAUUAAAUUAAUCAAGACUGCUGAGUUAGAUCCAUCGAAGAAUUAUCUCUUCGCAUGUUUCCCGCACGGCGUUGUCAGUUCCGGAGCGUUCGGAGCAUUCGCCACUAACGCGUUAAACUUCUACAGAACAUUCCCUGGCAUGACGUGCCAUAUGAUAACAUUAGGAGGUCACUUCUUAGUUCCACUGUUCAGAGAUCUGAUUCUUGCGUUAGGUGGAUGCGCGUCAUCAGAAGAGAGUCUAUUACAUUUAUUAGAUAAGAGGAAACAUACGGGGAAAUGCGUGGCGCUGAUUGUUGGUGGAGCUGCAGAGGCACUGGACUCGCAUCCUGGAGAAUACUGCGUCAUUCUGAGCAGAAGGAAAGGAUUUAUACGAGUUGCCAUGAAAACCGGGGCACCUUUAGUUCCCGUAUUCUCGUUCGGCGAACCGGACGUGUUCCGUCCGCUGAACAACCCGCGGGACAGUCUGCUGCGCCGCUUCCAGGAGAAGUUCCGUGAGUUGACCGGCAUAUCGCCCAUCCUGCCCAUCGGCCGCGGUUUCUUCCAGUAUACGUUCGGCGUACUGCCUUUACGAUCGCCUAUUACUACUGUUGUUGGCACUCCAAUGGAGAUAGAAAGAAACUUGGAACCUACUGAUGAGGAAGUGGAUGCGGUACACGCAGAGUUCACAAGAAGAUUGAUAGAAUUAUUUGAAUCUGAGAAGUCUAAAUACUUGAAGGAUUAUAAAAACAAAACUCUUGUUAUAACAUAGAAAGAACUCAAAUUAUUUUACUUUACAGAGUACAAGGUUCUGCUAUACACAUAAUUUUGCAUUUAUAAAAUAUCUACUUCAUCAUCAGCUCGGUAUCCCCACCGAGGGGCUCGGAGCUUACCAUAAGUUAGGGGUGACUGCGCCAUAGUCGACCGCACUGGCCCAAUGGGGGUUGGUUGACUUCACACAUAUCUUUGAAUUUAUUUACGAUGUUUUCCUUCACCGUAAGAACUUAAGAUAAAUGUACAUGUCGGGAUUCGAACCCAGGACCUGCAGAUUGCAAGUCAAGUGCUUAACCCCUAAGCUACCGACGCUCAAUCCAUUGCUCCAAUAUCUACUUAGUUAACUAAAAAGUUAUUUAGUAACAGUUAAGUUGAAUACAUUUUUUAAAGAUUUUGUUUCUUGCCAAAAUUAUAACAUGGGUGAGUGAUACAUAAACACGGCUAAACUCUCACGUAUAUACGUCCGGUGGCGGCACCGACUAGUGUAGAGCCCAU